UGAAUUCGUCCUAUAAGAAACUCUUAUUUUUUAUUGCGCAACAUUUUCCAUUGCAAGAGGUUUUACUAAGGUGUGGCCGAAUGAAUACACCUGCGUAAGUGAAACCUUUCACACUUAAACAAACUGGUUUUUGCCAAAAGUCUGCUUAUGGCUUUUACAAAUGAAACAUGAGAGAAGAGAGUAAAGUCUGUCGCUUUCCUGACUAUGUGAUGAACUUACACCUGCUUCCUGUAGUUCUGUCAUUGGCAGUCAUCAUAUCUGUCACUCUCUCCCAGGACCUGGUCUCAAUCCAGUUUAAGUCAGAUCCAGUCCUGGUGCAGACUGGCACCGAUGCGGUCUUCACAGUGGUCACAGUGUCCCAGGUGUUUUCCAUCACAUGGGGAUACCCAGGUGGGGUGACCCCCCUGGGGCUUUGGGUGGGGGGCAGUGCAGUGCACAACACUGUGACCCAGUACCAGGGCAGGGUCACCAUCACAGCCACCCAGCUCCGUAUCAGCAGUACCCAGCUGGGAGACGCGGGGAACUACACAGUGCAGGUGGACCCCUCGCCCACCACGGGCCUGGCCCAAAACUCAAGGUCCAUACAGCUCAGGGUAUUCGAUGCAGUGGAUGGCGUGACUAUGUUUGUGCCGUCAGUGGCUCUGGAGGGGGGCAAUGUGUCUGUGCGCUGUACCUGGACCAAGGGGACAGAGACCAGUGUGAUGUGGGGUAAAGGGGGCUCUGUUCUCACCUCGAACUCCAGGGUCACUAUCAAAGGGGGCGACCUGGUGAUCAACCCAGCCAGGAGGGAAGAUGCCGGGGUCUACUCCUGCACCGUCGCUAACCUUGUCAGUGCUCAGACCGCCUCAAAGACCCUCACAGUUUACUAUGGUCCUGACACCCCCGUGCUGAGCAAUGAUUCUCCGGUAGACUGUGUGGGAGGAGCGGAUGCCGUGCUAGGCCAGACGAUCCGUCUCACCUGCGUGUCCGACUCUCUGCCCCCUGCCACUUUCUCCUGGCAAUACAACAAUGAACCCGUGGCGUCUGGACAACCAGACAGUGGCGUGUUCAGCCUCCAGACCUUCUCCACCAACCAGAGCGGCCAAUACAAGUGCGUGGCUAGGAACGCCAUCACGGGCGCCACGUCGGAGAAGGGGACGGGCCUGGCCAUCGUGGGCACAUGCCUCAGUGCAGGGGCAGUGGCUGGCAUAGUGAUUGGCUGUGUGGUCGCUCUGAUCUUAAUCAUCAUGGCCAUCGUACUCCUGGUGCGCUGGAGGAAAGUUGACCGAAGACCGGAGGCCACAGGACAAAAGGGACACCCAGACCUCAUGCUUACACCUCCAGAGCCCCCUCCACCUGGUACCCGGACUUUAGGUGGCCAGCACUCUGUACCACCCGAUGGCCGCGAAAACACACGCACACCGCCACGCGACACUAACACACUUCAACACAAUGGCCAUGCCAACAACAAUGGGUUCCCACACAAUGCCCAACAUCAAAAUGCCAAUUCAUUUCCACGAAAUGCCACCACGCAGGACCACAACACUUUCACACGCACUGCUGCACCUCAGAAUGCCAACACACUCGACACCCUCCCACAGAUGACUCAAAACCACCCGAACAAUCCAAACAUUCUCAUACAAGCGGGUUCUACUCAGGUCGGUGUUAACCUGAACACACCGCCACACAACCAGCAAAAUAGCAACGCACAGGUGGCCACGGUUCACGUCAAUCUCAAUUCCUAUCCAACUAAUGGUCAACAUCCCAACCAACAGUCACAGCAACAAUUUACAAGCCCACAGGACAGUACAAUGCAGUGGAGUGCCACCAAUGUAGCCAACAGUGUUAGUGCUCCUCAAGUUCAAAAUAACAACCCACAAACGGUCACACAGACUGGACAGUCAUACUCCAAUCCCAGGAUGCAACUUGGCGUGUCAUAUCCUGGUGGUCCUUCACAGGUUGACCACAGUAAUUUAGACACUGGUCCUCAAGUCUCUACUGGUUCUGUUCCUACUGGUUACACACACGGUGGUCGAAGUCACACUCUCCAGCGAAAUGCCAACACACAAGCCUGCCUGAGGGACCAGGCUGCUGAUACCCAGCCUAGACACUCCGACCCAGCAGCGGCCAGUUCUGUGCCACCGGAUCCCAGUCAUGCCACACCAAGUGCCAGCUCACACCAUCAACAAAUGCCUUGGGACCGUCUGAGGGGCACCCCGGCGUACCCCAACAACUCCCCCAGAAGGGUACAGGCUUCCCCCGACAGCAGCUACACCUCUGAUAGCACAGAGUCUCCGUCCCAGGCUAGACGAUUUCAACCACACACCCGAAGGAGUGGGCCAGGAGCACGGACCCAGAGCCCCCCACAGAGCCGAUCUACACCCAGGAAGGUUGCACCGACGGCGGACAGACAGGCCCAGAACCUCACCCACACUCAUAGGACGAACAAUCAGCCUGGGGCUCCAAGCCACACACAGUCGCAUAUCAGUUCCCAUGUACGCCAUACACCAAGGCAGAGAGCCCGGCAGGAUGUCAGAGCUCAGUCCCAGAUCACAGCUCAGACCGCUUCUCAAAGCCAGACUGGCCCCAGGCAACAAAAUGCCUCACAUAGCCACCACAACCCCCAGCCGCAACAACAGGGACCAGGCGCUCCACAGGGACUAAUAACCAACAUGCCCCGAGGCACCACACUCAACACUCAAGCUCUAACAAAUCCAAAUCACAUCCCACAGACACAAAUCGGGAUUCAGUAUGGUAGGGGAAACACACAUAUGAUACCGCAGCCCACACAAGACCAGAGACAGGCAGCAACACAAGGUUGGGGUGCAAUAUCACAGCCUGUUACACAGAACCCCAGUAGCCUCACUCAGACGGCCCUGGAGAUGCACACACUGACGACCCCUAACCCUUUUCACAACCGUAACCACCAGACACAGGCCGCCCUGCUCAACACCCAAGCUCGAGGCCCUAACCUUGGGCGCCAGCGGCCCCCCACGCCCCCUCCCGUGAUCCCUCUGGCUCAGUUUCAGACUAUCCCCAGAGAACGCACCCAGCACCAGUCUCCAAACCGGGGCCCCGAUGGUCCUCUCAGGCCCCCAGUCAACAUACACACCACACAGAGACACCCCAACGCCCACCCGCCCCACAGACAUCCCGACGCUACCAUGCCGGCCAACCUGCACUCAGGAAAUGGCCACCACGUGCACGCUGAUAACACACACAGGCACGGCCAAGGUACUCAACAUGCCCACAGGAAUCCUGCCCACCCACGCCAGACCCACCAAGGGAGGCCGAGACACUGAGUGAUGCCAACGGACACACACACACACACCAGCAACUGACAAGAGGAGAAACACAAGCAUGGAUGACUAUGGGAGCCCUACUCUAAAGCAAUGGAGACCAAGCUAAAACAAACGUAUGCACACACACACACACACACACACACACACACACACACACACACACACACACACACACACACACACACACACACACACACACACACACACACACACACACACACACACACACACACACACACACACACACACACACACACACACACACUAUCACACACUAUCACACACUAUCACACACACACACUAUCACACACACUUCCCGCAGUCUCGACUCCUGCCUGUCAAGUGUAUGUUAUUAUCUGUUGAUUUUCAACAGUACCGACAAUGAGUCACUGGAAAACACACACUGAUUUGUCCUUUCUGAAGCACCAUACAACCAAAUAGUAGGAAUGAGAAAAAGGCCUUAUUGAUGGCGAGAAUCUCCAGGCCGUGUGUACGUGGCCUCUCCCAUUCAGCGUGUUCAGAGAGAGAAUGAGGCACUGCCACAACAACGAGGACUUGUUUCCAUUCAUGUCUGUGUGUGUGUGUUGCUCCUUGUGACUAGAAUAAACAGUAACAAGGACAGGAAAAGAGAACCCUUGCUGGACGGAUUCCAAUUGAUUGAAUGGACUUGGCCCCUGGGAACUAUUGUGUGAAAAUUCUGAAGGAAAUAAAAACCCCUCUGUGACUUGCUUUAUUUAAUAUUUCCAUGGAAGUAUUUAUGUGUUGACUUUUUUGUUUACAGAUGCUUCUCUUGACACCACUCAAUUAAGGGGAUUCGCUUCGGCGCCUGGGCUUCGGAAGCAAUGCGCAACUAACUAUGAAGGAGACCCCACAAAUGGAUGGGCCGCUUAUUAAUUAAGCGCUUUUCGGCGGCUUAAAUGACUCGGAAAAUAAUAGCGGCCAUGCGUGGAGGAGGUCAGCACAAAGAAGCUGCUGAGCUGCAACAUUUUCCCCGACUCAGCAAAGCAAAACAAUUUGCUCUGGGACUACAAUGUUCUUUUGUGUGGG